AUGGCGGGCGACUUUAACUGCGUCCAGUGCCCUCUCCUCGAUCGGUACGGCAGUUACCGAUCGCACCGAUCGGAAAGCCCUGCCCUGGACGCGGCAGUUGCGACACUGGGCUUGGCGGAUGCGAGAGAUCUUCGGGAUCAUGCGGAUGACGAGGGCACUGGUGAUCCAACUGACCAUUUCACUUACUGGAAUGGGGACCGUGCCAGUCGCAUCGAUCGUUUCUAUGUGCCUGAGGGGUGGGUAGGUCGCGUGCUGUGGAUUGAAGCGCGGGUGCCAUCAAAUCAGUCGGAUCAUCAGGAGGUUGUGCUACACCUACGUGACCUGAACAAACCUCGUCCGUCAAGCCGGCAUGGGCGUGUAACAUAUCCGAUUCAUUCAUCGAACCCUGGAAGGAUCGUUGACGAACUCGUCGCGGAAAUGGACGGAAGGGCUAUAGGUCAGAGCGUUUCUACCCUCACUUGGGACGCGGAUGUCACAGAGUGUCAACAGUGCGUUCGACGCAUCCGGAAGCGGGUCAAACAGCGCAGAGCGCGAUUUCGUCGGAAGAUUUAG